GUUAUCACAGAGGAGUGAUUGAAAAUGCCAUAGAAGACCACACAGGAGAACCAGUCUCAGGUCUGCUACUUCUCUAUUCCAGCUCUAUUAUUCAUGUAGUAGAGUCUUGCAGUAGCACAAUCCAUCACAUCAUCCAAGAUUUAGCAUCUCUCCAAAAUCAAGGUUAUAGUGCUUUACUCCAGGAAAUUAAAGUUUUAGUGGUGGCACACAACAUCCCCACCAGACUGUUCCCAGACUGGCACGUGGUCACAGCAACAUCCCCGGUGGCAGCUCCAGGAGACUCGACGCAGUCACAGCCUACGGCAGAGGUGGUCGCUCAGUGCCUUGCCCUCCUGCUCAAAGUGGCAGCCAGCAUUCAAAAUUUUGAGGACAACAAUGAGGAUGCGAGUGAGACUGUGCACACACUGGCACCCGAGCUGCUGAUCCCAGCAGAGAUGAUUAAUUAUUUGUAUAAUGCUGAAGAAUGUGCAAGUCCAGAAGAUUUUCUGAGAAUGUAUUUAAGUCCUUCACAGACCACCUUGGAUUCAGACACGGUGUGGCCUGUUCCCUCUCACUUCUCUGCAUGA